UCAGCUGCCGACGUCGUUAAUGUUUGUCGUCACUGAAGCAGUUGAUUCUGCUAACAAUCCGGCUCCGGGCAUUUUUUAUCUUGUAAAAUGCGAUAUAAUUGUGAUAAUAUUAUAAUAUUUGUUGUAUUAUGUGUUGGUAUAGGCACCCGUGGAAUUGUGUCAUUGAGCUCGUAUUCAGGAGCAUCGACACCGCCUUUGUUUGGUGAUUAUGAAGCACAGAGGCAUUGGCAAGAAAUAACAUAUAAUCUCCCAUCUAAUCAGUGGUAUUUGAACAGUACUGAUAACGAUCUACUUUAUUGGGGCAUUGAUUAUCCUCCUUUGACUGCAUAUCAUAGUUUAUUUGUUGGAAUCAUUGCAAAUAGAAUUAAUUCAAGUUAUGUCCGGUUAUAUGAUUCUCGUGGGUUUGAAUCUGUUGAGCAUAAAAGCUUUAUGCGCCUUACAGUACUUGCGGCCGAUUUCAUUAUUUAUAUUCCGGCUUGUGUGAUUGUUUUGACAUCUUUAAAACCAUAUAUAUCUACAGAACAUUUAUUGCCGUCUUUGGUGUUAUUAGUUUUGUACCCUGGUCAAGUGCUAAUAGACAAUGGACACUUUCAGUACAAUAAUGUAUCUCUUGGAUUAUUUAUUUAUUCAGUUGCAUGCAUAAUACAAAAUCGAUAUAACUGGGCCAGCCUUUUUUUUACCUUAUCCAUAAAUUACAAACAAAUGGAAUUAUAUCAUGCAUUGCCCAUUUUUGUUUAUCUCCUUAAGUCAUCGUUUUUGGAAAAAUCGUCAAUUCUACGAAGAGCUCUGCGGGCUGUCCAUUCACUUAAGGGCUUAUUUAUGGCAACAUGAGCCUGGUGGUGUUUUUACCUGUUUGGAUGUCAAUAAACGCUCCAUAUUUUUGAGUUUCUCCCGAUAUGAG